AUGAGAAUCAAGAGAGAAUGGUUAGACUCAUCUAGUGGCGAAAACCUAUUGCCAAAUCUUGAGUAUUGGCUAAAGAUCACUAAACCAACUUAUCUUAGUUACUUAAAACAUCGUAACAGAACAGAACAGGCGUUCAAUAAAGAAAAAGUGUACUCUCAAUACAUAAAAGAAUUAGAAGUACUUAAAGCAAAUUAUACAUCUGGAUACUACUCGAGAUUUUUAAAAGGGCCUUAG